AUGUAUAAUGCGGAGCCUCUUGAACCACUUCAUCAUGCCACAAAGACCAUUUUUGGAAUGCUCCCAAAAUUGGCCAACAUGACGCAGCAUAAUUAUAAGAGAAACCAAGAAAUACUUGAAGACGUUAGUAUAUUUUCAUUGCAAUCAUCAAAGGCAUUCUAUGGGACUAUAUCGGUUUAUCCACAAUAUGGAAUUCAUGGAAAAGGACCCACAGACUAG